AUGCGAUCAUUGUAUAUGCAAUGUUGUGUUUUUACAAAGAUAUCUCAUACAAAGAAAGACGUGCAAUCUGUGUUAGUACCGUUUGAUGAUCCAAGACAGAGAGCAAAGAGUGUAAAUGAGAAACGGAGAGUUGUGGAAAAACUUGUGCUCGGACGAAUGGACAGCACCGGGAAAACCAUCCGCUGUUCACACACACUCUUCUGCACUGGGGACUUUGUCGAUGGUGGUGUCUCCAUUGAUGCCAGUGUGUACCACAAUCAAAGUGCUAAGCAAUCUGUGCAAGCCCACCUCAAACUUGAACAUGUCUUACAGCCUGCUCCAUCUGCUCAUUUACGUAAACUUGGCGUUGUUUUGGAGCAGAAAAUCAUCAAACACAAUGAAGGAACCUCUAAACUUUCAGCUGUCGGGAAGCCAACAUUAAAUUUUGACGCUUUUGCCAAUUAG